GACACAGCGGAGUGGCGUCCGGAGAUUACACACAUACACAGCGGCACUUCUCAGAUGCAGCAUGUCCCAAAAGACAGCGGAUACCUGAAUAUUCCCACUGCACGGACCUGAUUUUUGAAUAUCCAUCAUUUUUUUUUUGUUGGGGGGGAGGCAUUCACUGUUUCCUGUAGACAAUCGGAAAAUGUCUCAUUCUUUGAAUACUUGAGGAGUGACGACAACUUUCCUCUUUUCGGACUUCACCACACUAACCGCGGAAGAUACGGCGUGAAACACAUACACACACAUAGACACACAAACAGAGAGGACUCGCACAGGCUUUCACAAUGGAAAUAGAUCAAUUGCCCGACUAAAAGCCGCAGAUUAAAGCGCCGAAAUUAGUCUCUGCAUUGGGGAUACCAAGCAAUGUUAUCUGCGGAGAUGCGUUGUUUGCUGUGGUUCAUGUUCAUGGAUGUUGCAGCUCGGUCGGGGUGCACAAGGAGCCUUUGGGUGGCUGUGAUUGGACCGGACACAGACUGGGGCUGACUGAUGUUUGUCCAAGAGGAAAUGUUUUGGGAAGGAGAUCAAUACGAGUUACUGGCGCUCGCAGGGGGGGAUGUCAGUCUCCUCAAGCACCAACAUUACUAUGAGGAUGGAGGGAAACGUGCACGCAUAAGCCAGCGAUUUUUUGGAACUGAUUUCUGCAGAAAUAUUUUCUCUCUCCGUCAGACAUUCAUAUCCGACGCGUUGCCAGGCGUGGGACACACUAACAAUGUUUUGCUCCCUCUGCAAACUGUCACAAGACUGUUAUAAGUGGUUAUGGAUAAUGGUUGCUCUUCUCUCUGUAUGAUGGCUUUUAAAAAUUAUGGACAAGUAUUAAGUUUUUUUUUUCUUCCCUUUUUGACUGUGAUACAGCAUCUUGAAAGAUACAUAUUACGGACUACGGUAGCCUACUUCCAGUCAGUGUCAUCAUCCCUGAAGUGAAGUUAUGGGACUUUACGGUAACACAUUUUUCCAUAGGAAAAUCAUCUGCCGUCUGUUUUUGAAAAUACAAUAGCCUAUGAGAAUAUGUGUUCAAAAAUGUCUUGCACCAUGGCAAUUAAUUGGGUUUUUUAUUUUGUCUUUUUGCUUCCACUGUUUGCAAUGGGAACAGCUUUUUCUGGGGUUUUCAAUGCCACAGACAAAGACUUUUUUUCAGAUGACUUGCUACAGGUCAAGCUCACACAAGACAAAACAACAGAGCAGUGGAAACUCCAGUCCACUGAUUCCCACCCUAACCUGUAUUUUAACCAAGUGGAUGUUCUGCAUUUGAGGCAAAGGUCCUCCACCACCCACAGCCACAUAUUCAAAGUCAUUCGCGCAGCUGUCCUCACCAUGCUUUCCAAUGUUCCUAUUUACAUGCCUCCUGCAAAACAUGAGGAGUUUACAAGCAAGUGGAAUGAAAUUUAUGGAAACAACCUGCCUCCCCUGGCUCUCUACUGCCUGUUGUGCCCGGAGGACUCUGGUGCCCUGCAGUUUCUUAUUAAGUUUAUGGAUAGGAUGGCUGACUACCCAGACUGGAAGGUGACCAGUGCCCCUAAUGAUGAGGUGCCAAUGGCACACUCGCUCACUGGGUUUGCUACUGCCUAUGACUUUAUUUAUUCUUAUCUGGAUGAACGGCGGCGUGAUGCUUACCUCAAGAGAAUCCGCUCUGAGACUGCGGAGCUGUAUGAGCUCUCUAAGUACAGGGGGUGGGGGAAACAAUAUCUCCAAAAUCAUCAGACCACCAACAUUUUAGCCAUCCUGACUGGUGCAAUCGUGGUUGGAGCACACAAUGACCCAGAAUCGAUGAUCUGGAAACAAGUGUCAGUGAACUAUAUGGAGAAAACCAUGUUUCUCCUAAAUCAUAUUGUGGAUGGGUCGCUGGAUGAGGGAGUAGCCUAUGGGAGCUACACUGCCAAGUCUAUCACACAGUAUGUCUUCUUAGCCCAGCGCCAUUUCAGCAUUGAUAACGUGCAGAACAACUGGCUGCAGGGACACUUCUGGUUUUAUUAUGCCACGCUGUUGCCGGGAUUUCAGCGAACAGUUGGCAUAGCAGACUCCAACUACAACUGGUUUUAUGGGCCUGAGAGCCAACUUGUUUUCCUCGACACGUUUGUCAUGAGGAAUGGAACAGGCAACUGGCUCGCUCAACAGAUUAGAAAGCAUCGACCCAAGGACGGUCCCAUGGGCCAGUCCUCUGCCCAGCGCUGGACUACCCUUCACACAGAAUACAUCUGGUACAAUGCCCACCUCACGCCACAACCUCCCCACGGCUUCGGCAAAGCCAGGAUGCAUAUUUUUUCAAACUGGGGUGUGGUAACCUAUGGGUCAGGACUGCCCAGCGGCCAGGGGAAUACAUUUGUCUCUUUUAAGUCGGGCAAACUGGGUGGCCGUGCUGUGUACGACAUCGUCCAUGACAAGCCGUACUCAUGGGUGGAUGGCUGGAACAGCUUCAACCCAGGGCACGAGCACCCCGACCAGAACUCUUUCACAUUUGCUCCUAACGGACAAGUGUUUGUGUCUGAAGCACUUUAUGGUCCAAAGUAUAGCUACCUUAACAACGUGUUGGUGUUCAGCCCGUCCCCCACCAGCCAGUGUAACAGUCCAUGGGAGGGUCAGCUGGGGGAGUGUGCUAAGUGGCUCCGCUGGACUGACGAGGGGGUGGGCGAUGCUCGAGGGGAGGUGAUUGUUGCCUCCUCACACAGGGACACCAUGUUUGUGAGCGGGGAAGCAGUGUCAGCUUACUCCCCCGCCAUGAGACUGAAGAGUGUGUACAGAGCUCUGGUUCUGAUCAACUCCCAGACGUUGCUGGUGCUUGACCAUGUGGAGAAGUGGGAUGACUCGCCUGUGAGCUCACUCAGCGCUUUCUUUCACAACCUCGACAUUGACUUCAAAUAUGUUCCUUUUAAAUUUAUGGACAAGUAUAAUGGGGCCAUGAUGGACGUGUGGGACGCUCAUUACAAAAUGUUCUGGUUUGACACCCAGGGUCACAGCCCUGAUACCAGGAUACAGGAGGCAGAGCAGGCGGCCGAAUUUAAAAAGAGAUGGACACAGUAUGUCAAUGUCACUUUUCCAAUGACGGGCACAGUCAGCAGAGUAGCUUAUGUGAUGCAUGGGCCUUAUGUCAAAGUGUCCAACUGUAGAUUUAUAGACAAUAGUAAGAAUGGAGUUAGACUUUCUUUAACUAUAAAUAACACAGAAAAAAUUGUCUCUAUUGCCACAAACUACAAAGACAUAGGUGCAAGGUUAAGUUAUUUAGGAUUUGGAGGUCAUUCUAAAGUGGAGGAUAGAAAUCAAAUCACUCGAUAUGGCCUUGGGACUCAGCUCAUCCCCAAACAAAUCAACAGUGAUAAUCAGCUGUUUGAUUUUGGAUUUACAGUGAAUGUAAUAGCAGGGGUUGUGCUCUGUGUAGCUAUAGGAUUCCUGACAAUGCAGAGAAAGUUUUAUGUCUGCUUCAGCAGGCUGAUGCGCUAUGUUCUCCUCUCUGUGCUCAUUCUGUGGAUAGCUGAGCUGCUGUUUGUGUCUAACAGCUGUGAUCAGCUUCUCUGUGGGGUAAAAUGGAAAGGUGCGGGUGCCAACUCUGAAGUAAACAAACAAAUCAGAUUGUAUGAACAGCAUCGACUCCCUCUCCCCACUGUCGUCAUAACAACCCUGCCUGGCUCGGGAUCGGAAAUACUCAAGAAUCUUUUUUACAACAGCUCUGACUUUGUUUACAUAAGAGUUCCUACAGAGCAUGUGGACAUUCCAGAGACCGAGUUUGAGUUCGACUCAGUGGUUGACGCCUGUGAGUGGUCAAGAUCAGACGCUGUGCACGGGCGGUUUAAAAUCAUACAGGGCUGGCUGCACUCGCUGGUCCACAACACCAAGCUGCAUUUGCAAAACAUUCAGCUGGCAGAAGGCAGCAGAAUCAAACAGCCCCAGAAAGUCGGGCCCUCCAGGGAAAGGAAGAAAAGGACGAGGAGGAGAGAGCCGGCAUCUGAGCUGAAGGGCAAACUGCGAGCCAGUUUCGACAGAGACAUGGAGUACGUUAGGGAGAUGAGACGUCAUGUCGCCGAGUACCCUAACGCCCGCGUGGUCCUCAACAUGAGGAGCGGAAGCUGGGCUCUCAAGCUGCCCUUCAUUCAGGAGGUUGUCGGACCUUCUUUGAGGGCCAUCUAUUUGGUCAGAGACCCUCGAGCAUGGAUUUAUCUCAUGGUGUAUAACAGCAAACCCAGCCUCUACUCCCUUAAGAACAUCCCGCAGCACCUUUCCUUGAUAUUCAAGGAGGAUGCUGUCAGGGACGCAUGCCCGACUGUGGCACCAGAGUUUCAAGUGAUUCAGAGGCUUCUGUCCCGUUCAGAGACCAACCCUGUCCUGAUACUGGCCCAUCUGUGGCUGGCUCACACUGCAGCAGUGCUGAAGGUCAGUGACAACCUCCCAGCGGAGGCCUACCUCCAGGUGAGGUUUGAGGACGUGGUCAACUUCCCCCAGGAAACCGCAGAGACAAUACACACAUUCCUGGGGGUGCCAGUCUCACCCGCAGCCCUCAACCAACUUAUAUUCACCACCUCUACAAACCUGUACAAUUUAAUGUAUGAGGGAGACAUUUCACCAGCCAACAUUAACAUAUGGAGACAAAAUAUGCCUCGAAAGGACAUCAGACUGAUCGAGGACACAUGUGGGAGUGUGAUGAAGAGGCUCGGUUACACCAGGUUUGCCAGUUAACGUACCGCUGCUGGUCAGCUGAGAUUGAAUUGUGAUUGUUUACUGUAGCUGCCAGUCCCUUUCCUUUUGAGUUUUUGUAAAGUUGUAUUUUGCACUGAUCUUUAAUGUAAAAUGAGUUGUUACAGGUGACGAGAGGGGGAAAAAAACAACAACAGAAAGGGUUGAGUUAUUGUCUUGUGUUCAAGUUCUUUCAGUUUCCUGUAUUUGUUUGGGUAUAUGUGAGGUGUUGUACUUACUAUGGCAACCUAUGUUUGCAAGUUAGAAAUGUUUUACAUUAAAAUGAGUCAAAGGGAGCUUUAAUCAUUGUACAUUUUUGUUUUCACCUCGCAUCCCUCAACCCUUUCUUUCAGCACUCUUUAUUUAGUGGGAGUUAUAGGAUUUUGUUGUCUUACUUGCAGUCGUGUCUUAAAGAGGAAUGCCACUUAAUGUCAGCCUAAAAUAGAGUGUCGUGUAGUGAAAAUUAUAUAACAUUUUUCUUGGUAAGAAAUGAGUUUAUUCCAUUCUCAAUCUGUGAUGUCAGAAAAAAAAUGUCUGUGCAAAACAUACACGCAAUACACUGUAAUUAUGCUCUGGGGGUCAGGGGAUAUUUACUGACUUGGAACAUGUGAUAAAGCUCAUUAAGAAGAAAAACCUCUCAGACAUUUUAUGUGUUCACAGUCAGACUAGUGUUUAUUGACUGUCUUGGUUUUCUAAUUCCUGGCUUUGGGAGGAAGUUGUUAAUUUUCACAAGAACUAAUUUGGCUGUCAUAAAUUUUAAUACAUGUGAAUGAUUUAAUUGAGUGCUAUUUCCCUUUAAGAAAUGUAUAAGAUGCUGCAAUGUAUAGACCUGUUUUGCAAAAUGGAGAGAAAGAUGGCAGUAGUGCUUUAUUGCUCUAAUAUCAACGUAUAAAAAAAAAAAUGUGGAUUGUAUUUUCAUAUUAAUGUACACUAGUAGUUUGGCAGAGGGGCCAUCAAAAAUUUAUUUGAAGCUCAAAGAUGUCAUGACGUUUUGGUGGCUUAGCACUUUCACAGGGACUCUCUUGAUUGUAUGUGGGAUUCUGUACAUUUUCCAAUCCUCUAAUAUUAACUUUACUGUAUGUACUCAAUUAGACUGGAAAUAGAGGACUCUGAAGAUAUUAUGUCUGGAAGAAAGAGAAUAAAGUUAGAUGAGGAAUGAAGUUAGAAGUAUUUAUGGGUUCCAAAGACACAUAUCCCAAAGGAUCAGAAAUGAAUAUGAUUAUUAUAACUCCCUUUGGCAUUUAUUGAAUUAGAUCAGAGGAAAGUGCUUAAUAGGGAUCAAACUGAAAAAAACUGUCAGCCUUGACACAUUUCUAGUCAAAGCAAUUUCCAAAGCAUCCCCUUCAGCUACUUAUAUUAAUCUGCAAAAUGCCAUAACUGAAGCUUACCCUGUGUUUUAUUGCUGUGCUAUCUUCAAUAGGGCCUGGAGGAAAUGCAAACAGCAUACGUUUCCAUUUCCUGUCGUGGUCAAUGAGAUAUCCAAUGAUCUUACAGGCCUGUGUCUUGAAAGGGUUCAGCAGGCGGCGGACUGCACUGGAGAUGAAUAUUAAGUAUGGCAAAGAAAGUCAGAGACCAUUUCUACUCUGUGAUGUUAUGCUCGUCGGGCAAUAUUGUGGGCAAAAAAA